AUUGCAAUACCCUUUACUUCCCAUCUCCAAAUUUGAAACCAUUAUCAUAAGCUUUCACAUUUGCUAGUUUCCAGCAUUUACUGAAUCAGUCUGGUCUAGAAACAGAGUAUGGAAAUCACCUCUUUCACAUUUCUUAAUCCGGAAGAUUAUUAUAAUACCGGCAGCCCCUGGUUCCAAGAGCUUGACAACGGAUUCAACAAGAAGCGUAAAAAGGAAGACGAAUCGGGGGGCGGGGGUGGCAAUGGGUUCUUCAAUGAAGGAGAGCUGAACAAGAGUGGAUAUGGAGAUAUCCUUGCCUCGUUAUUGUUAUUAGAAGAAGAAGCAAAGCAGGAGCAAGAUCAGUGGACAACUGAAUCUCAACAAGACAAGGCUUUCUUUGAAUUCAAUCACAAGAGAAAAGUUCAAGCAAUGAAUGAGUAUUACAAUCAGCUUCAACAGCAUUACUCUGAGGCUGAUCAUUUGGAUGGUUUAACUGCAAAACGAGCUCGUAAUUCAGCUUCUGCCAUGGCAGCUACUGUUGCUGCAACAGCAACAGCAGCAGGGAAUGACAAUGUCAACGUGGGCAAUGAAACGGGAAGCGGGUCGGGUCCGCAAAGGAGGUUAUGGGUGAAGGAUCGAUCGAAGGACUGGUGGGACCGUUGUAAUCAUCCGGAUUUUCCAGAGGAAGAGUUCCGGAAGGCGUUUCGGAUGAGUAAAGCCACGUUUGAAAUGAUAUGCCAGGAGUUGGAACCGGCGGUGACGAAAAAGAACACCAUGUUGAGGGAUGCGAUCCCGGUCCGACAGCGAGUGGCUGUCUGUAUCUGGAGGUUGGCUACAGGGGAGCCGCUUAGGCUGGUUUCGAAACGAUUCGGGUUGGGAAUUUCAACCUGUCACAAGCUGGUACUGGAGGUAUGUUCAGCCAUAAGAUCUGUCAUGAUGCCCAAGCUUCUUCAAUGGCCUGAUGACAGGAAAAUGAAAGAUAUCAAGCAAGAAUUCGAGUCGACAUCAGGGAUUCCUAACAUAGGUGGCUCAAUGUACACAACUCAUGUGCCAAUUAUAGCACCCAAGGUCAACGUAGCAGCUUAUUUUAACAAAAGGCACACAGAAAGAAACCAGAAACCUUCUUACUCGAUUACUGUCCAAGGUGUGGUCGAUCAGAAAGGGAUUUUCACUGAUGUUUGUAUCGGAUGGCCUGGUUCAAUGCCUGAUGAUCAGGUAUUGGAGAAUUCUGCUUUAUUCCAGAGGGCUAACAAGGGGGUUUUGAAGGAAGUUUGGAUCGUUGGGAAUUCUGGGUACCCUUUGAUGGACUGGGUUCUGGUUCCUUACACGCAUCAGAAUCUGACUUGGGCUCAGCAUGGUUUCAAUGAAAAGAUUGGCGAGAUUCAAAAGGUUGCUUCGCAGGCAUUUGCGAGGUUGAAAGGGAGGUGGUCUAGCUUGCAAAAGAGAACCGAGGUGAAGCUCCAAGAAUUGCCCAUGGUGCUUGGGGCUUGCUGUGUUUUGCACAAUAUUUGCGAGAUGAGAAAUGAGGAGAUGGACCCGGAACUACAGUUCGAGCUUUUUGAUGAUGAGAUAAUACCUGCGAAUAAUUUGAGGUCUGCGAAGGCUGUGCAUGCCAGGGAUCAAAUUGCUCACAAUCUGUUACACCAUGGCCUUGGAGGCACUGGUUUUCUAUAGUCUUUUACAUGAAAGAUCAAUAUCAACUACAGCACAUAUUGCAACCAUUCAUCACCACCAGUUUUGACAAAUUUGACUGACUGACAAUUUUUGUCGCACAUUAUACCCUUGAUGUAUUAUUACAAUAAUUCUUGUAAACAUCUGUUUGAGUUUCUAGACAUUUUCUA